CUUUUUAAUUAGUUAUAGACAUUCUAUCUAUACUGUGAUAUAAAAUGUGAAUGUUUGUCCAUGAUUGCCACCGCCCAUGCCGAUCGCCCCCUCGACAGCUCCGGAUAACUUCUUCCUGACAAGACAUUCUCCGCAUCUUCAUCCCAACCCACGUCGCGGCACCACCUCGAAGAACCCGCUGUCCACGGUCGUUUUCACGAGUCUGUACGCGCGACAGAUAGUCCCUCGGCCUGUUCAAGCCGUCUUUCUCUCCCGUCUUCGCCGCCAUGGCCGCCCAGAUCAAGCAGGACCCGGAUGGCAUGACGCCCUACAUCAAACCCGACCCGGACAGCAAAGAGGCUGCGAUGGCGGGCUUCGAGGAUGAUAUCUACGAAGACGCGGGCGACCUGGAUUUCUCGAAUGCCGCCAAGGACGUCUGGCUGUCGCGUAUCCCCCGACCGCUGUGGGAACACUGGUCCAAGCUGGACGAUGACGAGGAGAUCCAGAUCGGCACGAUUAGGAUCGAGGGGCCGUUGAAUGAUAUCAAGCGGGUUAGCCUUCGCCUUGCCGACCGUCCCGACAACAAAGAGAUUCCGAAAGACUACAUCCUACAGCGCCAGACGAUCGGGGCAGAAAACGCAAGCCAUGCCACGCAGAAUACGUUUAUGUUUUCCGAAAGGGAUUUGCCCGGCAAUGAGAACCGCAUGGUGAUUUUUGGAGAGGCGCGUUCCGCGCUGUACGAAUCGAUGAAGCGAGAUGCGCGUAGGAAGGACCGCAAAAGGAAGUGGGAGCCUUAUGUUCGGAAGACCAUUCCUAAACAAACUGCUCUCCAAGGAAGAGUCAACGAAGAGUUCAAUUGUCUCCCGGUGGAGAACGAGGAGUUCCGGCGCAUAUCGGAGAAGAGAGCCCUGGAGGCCCUGAAACCUAAGAGAGAGACCAUGUUCAUUGACAGAGUCCCUGGAAAGCUACUCCAAUCAAGACAUGCCCUGCCUGGAGACAGAGCCACCUUCGUGCAACAAACCAAGCAACCGAAAGCCCGCACCCAAGAAAACAAGAGCACGCGUAUGCCACGCAACGAACUUGUCGACCUUCUUUACCAGUGUUUCCGCGAGUAUCGGUAUUGGCCCUUUAAGUCGCUCAGAGCACGGCUCAACCAGCCGGAUGCUUAUCUUAAGGAAACCCUGGAGUUGAUAGCACACCUGGUCAAGACCGGAGACUUUGCCAACACCUGGGAACUCAAGCCCGAGAAUAUGGAGAGCAACUACACGAACGCUCUGGUCAAGGAGGAGCUGCCGCCAGCACUGGAUAGCUUCGACGGCGCAUCGGAAGAUGAUGCCAUGGCACCCGAGAUGGGGACGGACAACGACGAAAUGCAAUUCGAGAAUGUGAUGCAGCGGUGAGAAGAGAACUGGCCAGGGGCUGGGGGCUCUUCAUGGCGUUAUUUGUCUUUUUCCUCAUUAAAAUUCCAUAUAUGGAGGACCAGGCGUUGUACUGUCAGGUCUUUGUCAUUUUAUAUUGAUAAUACCCUCAAAUAAGACCAUUGCCCAUCAAUAUUCCCAUCA